AUGCCUUCCAAAGCAAUCGCCGCGUCCGAGGGCGCCUCCUCGAGCAUGAUCCUGAACGGCGUCCAGCUCACUCCCGCCGAGUCCCGCAUUGGCGCUGCGAUCUUAGAGAUCCAUGCCGGCAACGUCGACAUCGACUGGAACGCGGUGGCUGAGAAGACAGGUCAUAAGACCCCGAAGGCUUGCAGAGAUGCCUGGCGCCUCGCCAAGGUCAAGACCGGCAUCGCUUCCGUCAACGGCGCUGCCGCUGGUGCCCCUACCGCUGCCGCUGGUGUCACUACCGCUGGCGGCACUGACACCGCUGGUGGUGUCACUCCCGUGAAGAAACGCCGCGGUCGCCCGCCCAAGAAGGCCGCCGCCGCCGCCGCCGCUUUGUCAACUCCUGGCAGCUCUACUGCCAUGAGCAACCUCUCUUUUGAGGAUGGCGUGGGUCCGGAGACUCCCUCCAAGUCCACCUCGGCUUUGGGUAUCAAGCGCGAGGCCGACUCCGAUGCUGAAGACACUCCCGCAAAGAAGAAGCCUGCUUCUGCUCGUAAGCCCCGUCUGACCAGCGCGAGACAGAAGACUGCGGCCACCGCUGCUGCUGCCCAGGCCGAUACGGGUGAUUCCAAGCGCGACAGUGUUGAUGUUGCCAUGGAGAGAGUCUCUGAUGCCAUCGCUGACAUGCGUGCUGCUGCUGCUGCCGACUAUGCUGCUGCCGACUAUGCUGCUGCCGACUAUGCUACUGCCGACUAUGCUGCUGUCGACUAUGCUGCUGUCGCCGACGCUGGUUACGCCACAGCUAGUGAGAGUGGUGGUGCCGACAUUGGCGAGAUCUAG